AUGAGCGAGCCAUCGUCGAAGCGGCAGAAGACAGAGCCGCCCGAGAUAACUCUCGUGUACUGGCCGGGAAUGCCUGGGCGAGGAGAGCACGUCCGCCUAGCAUUCGAAGCGGCCGGAGUAGAGUACGGCGAUACUGCACUUCAGAAGGACUGCGUCGAUAAAGUGCUGGCCCACAUUUCCGACAAGAAUAUCGGCGACGAUUUCAGUCCUCCGCCUUUCGCACCACCUAUACUUCGCCACGGAGACCUGACCAUCUCCCAGGUGCCGAAUAUCCUGUUGUAUCUCGGACCGAAGCUUGGUUUGGUCCCUGAAAACGACCCCAAUGGUGUCUACUAUGUCAAUGGUCUGGCCUUGACUGCUCUAGACGGCCUGUCGAACGAAGCACACGACGUUCACCACCCAGUGGCGACGACAUUAUACUACGAGGAUCAGAAGGACGAAGCGUUGCGGAAAGCCGAAGACUAUCGCAACAACCGGCUACCGAAGUUCUUGGGCUAUUUUGAGCGGGUGCUUUCGUCCGAGCCUAGCAAGGGAGGAGAGUAUUUGUACGCAGGCCAGUUGACGUAUGCGGAUCUCGUCUUGUUUCAAUGUCUGGACGGUGUAACGUUCGCCUUUCCAAACUACAUCAAAAAGGUGCGCGACAGUGACAAGUACCCCAAGGUCUGGGCACUGUACGAACGGGUGAAGGGACAUGAAAGAAUCAAAAACUAUCUAGCUUCUGAAAGGCGGCAGGAGUACUCGUUGUGCAUUUGGAGGAACUAUCCAGAGCUAGACGAGCAGCCAUAA